AACAUGUCUUACACGUGCCUGUCAUAUAUGGUUUAUGAUUGGCCAUUGGACAAGAAUUCGACCAAUCAAAAGCACGACAUAAACACCGGAAGCAAUAGAAGUUAUCAUACUGUCACCAGCGUUUCUGCAAGAGGGAUGGACGAAGUGUACGAAGAAUGCUUUUCAUAUGAUGUCAAAACAACAGAAGAUGAUGACUUUGACAGUCCCUCCAAACCAGAUACACCCUUGAUGCCUGGCACACCCUGCACUCCAGCCUCUGAUCAUGAUACAGAUAGGUCUGGUUUCAGCAUCUCUAUGGAUAGUGGCAUUGGGUCUCCCUCACCAUUUGGCAUGCAGAAUGAUUCCAGUCACAAGAUUAUAGAUGUGCGCAGUCUGAAAGCAGAAAAUUACAAGAAAGAUGGUGGAGUUAAACGAGGCAGCAAGUCAUCAACUGAGCAUACAAGUAAAGAGAAACAUAGGAGGGAAAGAAUAAAGGAUAGCUGUGAUCAGCUACGUGUUUUGCUGCCAUACAUACGUGGACGGAAGACCGACAUGGCUUCUAUUCUGGAAAUGGGUGUGGACUAUCUUAGAAUUGUCAACAUGUGUAUGCCUCAGUCUCUUCAUGAUCAGAUAGUAGAGAUGCUGGGCAAAGAUCCAAGCUUGGUUCCUAACAAGGAGAGUACAUUGAGAGGAAAGAAAGGAGUUCCUAAGUCUUCAGGAAAGUCACUGCAACAACUGUCUCCAGUCCCACCUCGUGGUGCACUUGCAGAAUUGAUAGAAAAGACAUCUGGAUCACAGAAGAAGACAUCUAAGGAAAUGAGCCUGUCAGAAAUAGCCAGUUCCUGUGACAUUCUUGGGAAGAGUUCAAACAAGCGUAUUCGAUUACAAGUUAAUGACACCGGUGACCAUAGCCCAGACAGCUUCCAUCUUGAUGCCAGACUUGAACCUACAUUGGCAGGUCAUACAGAUGUAGUACCAUCAACAUACACGGCACAGCCGUACAGUAAAUCUUACACCCGCAGUGAAGAAAAGUCAUUCAGUGGUGUAUACAGUCCUUCCAAUUACACUGAUGGUUACAAUACAGCACAGCAGAUCUUCAACACUUACAAUGCCAACAAGAAUUCCGUUCUAGACUCGAGCAGUUACAGAUCUAGCUACAGCACAGACUCCACGCUGUAUCACUACUACCCAAGCCUUGUUUCCAGCACACCACCACAGAACAGAAUAUACCCCUCCACAACAGAUCUUGUUAGUCCGAAUAAUGUCCUCUCCACAAUGCCUUACACAGCUGUGCAUACACGACUGGAAAAUGUCGCCCUGAUGUCCGAAACUCCAGGCAAGGAGGACUGACACUGUACAUACAUUUAUAAUUCAUUGAGUUAUUUCUCAUUUCAGUUGACAUUUUUUUUGACCAUUUCUUUGUUUAUACAUAUACAUAUUACAGAACAAUAUCUCUGAGACAUGAAGAGAUUAAAGUUAAUAGUUUUCGCAAGUUGGACAUUUGUACAGACAUACCCAUAUCUGUUGAAAGCAGUCAGAUUUUUGAAAAACAGUUCCACUGUAGCAGGAACAUUAUUACUGCAGUUUAAAUCUUGAAACAUGUUUCAAUAAUGUAUUUAAGCAUAUUUGCAUAAAAUACACUAUUGGUGAGAGAAAGAAAAGAAAUGAAAUACAUGUAAUGUAUGCUUGUUCAAGAAAAACAGGAAACUUAAAGGUGGUCAUUUACACUUAAGCAACAUUUUAAGACUUUUUUUCCACUUUUUAGCUCGACUAUUCAUAGAAUAGUAGAGCUAUUGGACUCGCCCAUGCGUCGGCGUCCGCAUCCCGAUUUGGUUAAGGUUUUGUAUGUAAGCUGGUAUCUCAGUAACCACCUGUGGGAAUGGAUUGAAACUUCACAUACUUAUUCACUGUGAUAAACUGACUUACAUUGCACAGGUUCCAUAACUCUAUUUUGCUUAUUUACAAAAUUAUGCCCCUUUUUUACUUAGAAAAUUUUGGUUAAGGUUUUGUAAGCUGGUAUCUCAGUAACCACUUGUGGGAAUGGAUUGAAACUUCUCACAUUUAUUUACUAUGAUAAACUGACUUACAUUGCACAAGUUCAAUAACUCUAAAGCUGGAAAGUCGCCAUAUGACCUAUCAUGUGUCAGUGCAAAAUAUUUUUUUUUUUUUUUUUUUUUUUAGCUCACCUGUCACAAAGUGGCAAGGUGAGCUAUUGUGACAGCUUGAUGUCCGUCGUCUGUCAACAAUUUGUAAAAAAAAUCUUGAUAACCACUGGGCAGAACUUCACAGGAAUGAUCCUUGGGUGGCCCCCUUUCAAAAUUGUUCAAAGAAUUGAAUUCCAUGCAGAACUCUUGUUGCCAUGGCAACCGAAAGGAAAAACUU